UGCCCAAAGUCUGUUGCAAGUCCGGAUUCACAGGCAUUUUGUUGCAAAACUGGCUUGUUGCCUUCUGUUUUCUUUUUCUGUGUGCUAAGUAGCUGCAUUGUUUGUUGCAGUAUAUGCAUUAGCUAUCUGUGUUCAGUUUCCUGCAGGCUGACAAAGUGGGCGGGGCUUUCUUUGAUACAUGGCUGAGUUUUCACUGUGUGAGUUCUGGAGUGCACAUUGCAGCCAUCUUAAUUACACUUUUGUGCAACUGAGACUGUGCAGCUGUCUCAAAAUGGCUGCUAACCCAAUCUCUGAGGCUGCUUAGGCAGCAGAUCUGCCAGUGAAGAGACUUGUCACAUGCAUCAGGAUCUGAGAUUCAAGAUGGAUAGUAUAGAAGAACCUCAAAAAAAAGUCUUCAAGGCCCGGAAAACAAUGAGAGUGAGCGACCGGCAGCAGCUGGAGGCCGUGUACAAAGUGAAAGAGGAGCUGCUGAGAGCCGACGCGAAGCUCGUGAAUGGGAGCCACGAAAAUGGAGAUCUGGAGCCCACGUCACCUUUGGAAAACAGAGACUGUCUUCCAGAGAGAGAAGUGAAUGGCGUUGAGGGGAUUUGUUUGGAGUCUGAAGAAAGUAAAACAGAGUUGAAAGAAACACCUUGUGUCCCCAGUGCUAAUGUAAAAAACAAGCAGGAAGAGGACUCAAACAGUGAGUCUUUGUCUCCUAGUGUAACUUCUGAGCUUGCUUCUAAACCAGCCACUGAGCAAGCCCCUGGCACCCCAGCCUCUGGUGAUCUGACCGCAGGAGAGGUGGCUGUUGGAGUACCAGCCACUGGUGACUCUCCUUGUGAGGCGUCCCCCUCUAGUGCUCCCUCCUCCCAUGAUCCUACGCAUAGUGAUCCCACCUCUGCAGAUACUGCUUCUGAAGAACCUGCCUCUGGUGAUCUUGCUUCUGGUGAGCCACUGUCUGGUGAACCAAUGUCUGAUGAAGCAGUUUCAAGCGAACCGUUGUCUGAUGAACCAUUGUCAGACGAAGUAGUUUCAAGUCAAACAGUUUCAGAUGAAUCAGUUGCUGGUGCGGUGGCAUCUUGUGAACUGGCUUCUGGGGAACCCUCUUCUGAUGAUUGUGUCCCCUCUGGUAAUUUGCCUUCUGAUACCCUGCCUUCUAGUGAUGAGUCUUCUGGUGGUCCUGCCUGUAGCAGCAGACUGGCUUCUGGUGAGCUGGCUCCUGGUGAGCUAACUGAGGAAUCAGCCACUGAUACUUUUAAACCAAGUUCUGUGCCAGUUUGUGAACCAAGUCCUGAAACUGACAAGACAGAGCAGAGUAGCAAUAACAAUGAUGAUUGUUCAGAAAAAAAUGAAGACGAAAACUUAGACCAAAUUCAAAGUAAAGACUCAUUUGAUGAGGAAGAGAAAACUAGCAGUAAUGUUGUUGAGAAGGAAGAAAGUCUAGACACACAUAGUGCAAUUAUUUGUUCUGAUCUUCCUCCAGAAAAUACGAAGAAGGUAGAGGAAGAGCCCGCUGCUGAGCUUGCUCUUGGAGAAGAGGCCAUCUCCAGCAGUAUGGAAGUUGACCAAAAUGAAAAGGAUGAGCACGAAAGUCCUGCAGAACUUGUAGAAGCUGUCAGCAACAAUGCCACUGAAGACAAGAAGGACACUGUUUUAGAUAACGCAGAUUCCAUGGAAACAGAUGAGAUCAUUCCUAUUCUGGAAAAACUGGCACCCACAGAAGAGGAGGAACUCACUUGCUUUUCAAAGACUUCCCUCCUUCCAGUUGAGACAAGUCAAGAUUUGGAGGAGAAAAUGGAAGCUUCUUUUGGCUCACCAUCAAAACAAGAAAGUAGUGAGAAUUUGCCAAAAGAAGCCUUUUUGGUCCUCUCUGAUGAAGAGGAUAUUUCAUGUGGAAAAGAUGAGUCCGAAGUUGUAGCACAAGAUAAGACAAGCUCUCCAGAGGUAGAAAGGACUGGAAAGGGCAGCAAAGCUGAGGAAGAGGAAGAGGAGCGCGUGCCAGACGAGGAGCGGCCACCUGUGAGAAAUGAGUUUUCCAGACGGAAACGUUCUAAAUCAGAAGACAUGGACAGUGUGCAGUCCAAGCGUCGGCGCUACAUAGAGGAAGAAUACGAGGCAGAGUUUCAAGUAAAGAUUACAGCCAAAGGAGACAUUAACCGGAAGCUUCAGAAGGUCAUACAGUGGUUACUAGAAGAAAAGCUGUGUGCUCUACAGUGUGCUGUGUUUGAUAAGACUUUGGCAGAAUUGAAAACGCGAGUGGAAAAGAUAGAAUGCAACAAAAGACAUAAAGCAGUUCUUACUGAACUACAGGCCAAAAUAGCCAGAUUAACCAAACGUUUUGGAGCAGCCAAAGAUGAUCUUAAGAAAAGACAAGAAAGCCCUCCAAACCCACCUAUAUCACCAGGAAAGCCUGCCAGUGAUGUCAGCAGCAAUAACAAUGUGACCUACAGAAAUGCAGGCACAGUCCGACAGAUGCUGGAGUCCAAAAGAAAUGUUAGCGAGGGUCCACCAUCAUCCUUUCAAACUCCUGGGAAUGCAGUGUCUUCAGCCAGCCUUGUGACUCCUCCAGCAAUCGUCAGCAGUCAGCCUAAACUGCAGCCUUCAGCGAGCUCAGGUUCUCUGCCGGCAGCCUCUCUUCUUCCCGCUCCCAGCACAGCCACAGUAGUUGCCAGUACUCAGGUGCCUAGUGGAAACCCUCAGCCUACAAUCUCCCUGCAGCCCUUGCCAGUGAUUCUGCAUGUUCCCGUUGCCGUGACCUCUCAGCCUCAGCUCCUACAAAGCCAUCCAGGAACUAUCGUGACGAAUCAACCGUCUGGCAGCGUUGAAUUCAUAUCUGUGCAAAGCCCACCGACAGUGAGUGGGCUUACCAAAAAUCCAGUAUCCUUGCCACCCUUGCCAAACCCCACUAAACCAAACAUUCCGUCAGUGCCCAGUCCUAGUAUUCAGAGGAACUCUUCUGCCACUGCUGCGCCCUUGGGGACAACACUCGCUGUUCAGGCCGUCCCGACCGCACAUUCUAUUGUGCAGGCCACAAGGACUUCUUUACCCCCAGUAGGCCCAUCAGGACUGUAUAGCUCAUCAAACAAUCGUGGCCCCAUACAGAUGAAAAUCCCAAUAUCCGCUUUUAGCACUUCAUCUUCUGCAGAACAAAAUAGCUCUGCCACCCCAAGAACUGAAACCCAGACAAACAAAACAGUAGAUUCUUCUGUUAAUAAGAAAGUGGCAGAUAGCACAUCACAGAGUGGGAAAGCUUCUGGCAAUGAUUCCAGUGGUGUCAUUGACCUCACGAUGGAUGAUGAAGAGAGUGGAACUACACAAGCAGAUCCCAAAAAGCCAAGUCACCCUUCUGCGCCAGCUAUGAGCCCUUCCCAGCCCAUGUCUCGGCCUUUACAGCCCAUUCAGCCGGCACCGCCUGCUCCGCCAUCUGGGGUGCCGACAAGUGGGCCCUCUCAGACAACUAUCCACUUACUGCCCUCAGCUCCAACCACCGUGAAUGUAACACAUCGUCCAGUAACUCAGGUGACCACAAGACUCCCUGUACCAAGAGCUCCUGCAAACCACCAAGUGGUUUAUACAACUGUCCCAGCACCACCAGCUCAGGCUCCACUACGAGGGACUGUUAUGCAGGCUCCUGCUGUCCGCCAGGUCAACCCUCAAAACAGUGUUACAGUUCGAGUGCCUCAGACAACCACGUAUGUUGUAAACAACGGACUGACCCUGGGAUCCGCAGGGCCUCAGCUCACGGUGCACCACCGGCCACCGCAAGUGCACACUGAGCCCCCACGUCCUAUGCAUCCUGCACCUUUACCUGAAGCCCCGCAGCCACCGCGUCUGCCCCCAGAAGCGGCCAGCACUUCCCUGCCUCAGAAACCACACUUGAAGUUAGCGCGAGUUCAGAGUCAGAAUGGCAUCGUGCUGUCCUGGAGUGUCCUGGAAGUGGAUCGAAGCUGUGCCACUGUUGACAGCUACCAUCUCUAUGCUUACCACGAGGAACCCAGUGCCACUGUGCCCUCUCAAUGGAAAAAGAUUGGCGAAGUCAAAGCUCUCCCUUUACCAAUGGCUUGCACUCUCACUCAGUUUGUGUCUGGCAGCAAGUACUACUUUGCGGUACGCGCCAAGGACAUUUACGGCCGUUUUGGGCCUUUCUGUGACCCUCAGUCCACGGACGUGAUCUCUUCCUCCCAGAACAGUUAGACCUUGGAGCCUUUAGCUUACUCUUUUCAAAGUUCCACAUUUUGGGCUUGUUUUUAAUCUUGUGCAUGAAAUUCAAUGUAAAAUCCACCUUGUGCAAGAUCUCUUGGACAGAUGAGUGUACACACUACGUUUGUUUAUAACUGAAGUAUAAUAAAUUCAGCCCAUAAAGCAAGUCUUCCCCUGAACAAGUCAAGUUUCAGGGUUUUGAAAUGUAAAUUGAUCCUUGCUUUAGUUUUGAGGCUGGAGAAUAUGUAUGGAUGUUUGUGUGUCUUCUUUCUUUUCCUUUCUUUCUUCUUUCUUUCUUUCUUUGUUGUUUUAAUUUUUAAAUUUCUAGUUGUGUGUUGUCACAGUGCAAUCUCCCAUUGUCACGCAGAUUUACCUCUCUUCCAGUAGGAAGUAAGUAGAUGAAAGAAUCUGAGGUAUGUUGCUGUUGUGGUUCUGCCUUUAGGGGGAUCUAGAAGAUUAAAGAGUCUAAACAAAACCCAAAGAAAUAAAAAAGAAAAGUAUUUAUCUUAAAAUAGAUGAAUUUGAACAGAGGACAUGUUCUCUCCAUAUUUUCUUUGAUUUCUUCUGAGUUGCUGACUAGGUGAAAAAUGUACCUGCAUCCAAGUUCCUAAUCUGGCUUCUACUUUUGUGUUGUGCCUUACAAGCUACAGAAAUACACAGACAAUAUGCCCA